AUGGGAGUGUCAAAAUCCUUCGUCACAUGUAUCCGCUAUGAUGGCAUCGAGGUGCACGACAUGUACUGUGACUCUUUGACCAAACCGGAGCCGGUCCACGACUUCUGUAUUGGGAGGGAAUGUCCGCCCAGAUGGGAGGCGAGCAGCUGGAGCGAGUGCUCAAGGACUUGCGGGGAGGGUUUCCAGUUUCGCCAAGUUCGCUGUUGGAAGAUGCUCUCGCCGGGCCUGGACAGCUCGGUCUACAGCGACCUCUGCACCAUGGCCGACCUGGAGAGACCUGUGGAGAGACGGCCCUGCAAGAGCCCCGCCUGUGGGCCACAGUGGGAGGUGGCCGAGUGGACAGAGGUACCGGAUAAGACUGUAAUGAUUCCCCUGCUGCGAAAGCGCUUGAAAUAUGAGGAGAACAUUAACAAAGAGGUGUUUGUGUGGUGCAGGAAUUAG